UUGUCAGUCAUGACCACUACGUUCCGCCCGGCAGACAAUCUUCCUCCAACAGCCAGGGCAAUAGCUCUCAUUCUCUCUUCCACUCCCUCUGUGCAGGAUGCUCAGCCAGGCGUGCUACAUCAGCUUCUCGAAUUCUCUAGCAGAUACACGCAACAAGUCUUAACCGACGCGAAAGUUUACGCAGACCAUGCAGGUCGGCAAGAUAAACUCGAUAUAGACGAUGUUAUACUAGCUGUCCAGGCGCGAGUAGGUUGGGAAUUUGGUGGUAGAGUUCCUUCCGAGUACAUAUCAUCGUUAGCUACCCAAACGAAUGCGAUUCCUCUACCUUCAGUCCCUGAAGUGUUCGGUGUUCGCCUUCCACAGUCUUCCGACUGUCUUACAUCUCUCGACUUCGAUCUGAUACCCAAUAAAGCACCUCCCGGAGUGAAGAUAUACGACGAAGAAAUAGAGGAGAUAGAAGAAUCUGAAUCCGAAGAAGAGGAAGAAGAGGAAAUGGAACCAGCGACGAUACCUAAUUACGCUAGAUCUUCUACGAAUCAAUCUGUUCCUCCGGAAUCUGCUCAGGAAGCGCCGUUCCCAAUCAGCGCUAUACACAUGCCUUCGGAGGCCGACACAGAUACAAGGAUGGGCGGAGAGAAUGGUAGCGACGCUGGCGAAGAGGAGGACGGUCUGUUUGCGGGCGGAGACGACGACAGUGACGGUAUGGAAGAGGUUCAAACGUCGCUGAAUGAAGGUGUCAACAAUGAAAUGAAGCGUAAAUUAGUAGAGACAGACGACUACGAUUAG